UGUUUCACAGAAAUUGAUUUGGUCGCAUUCGCUCUCUUCUGUCUCUGUGUGUAUGCGUACAGGCGAACGGUGUUGUGCACAACAAACAAAUUACAGAAUUUUUUUUUUCAUUUUCUUGUGCGACAGAGAAGAAAAGAAAUCGAAUUGAACACACCGAAAUAGUACAAUUCAUUUCCAUUGAAUGGUUUGUAUUCUGCAAAAAAAAAAAAGCAAAAAAAUCAUUUUCCGUGCGAAUUUUUGUGUUUGAAAAAGUGUGUUGAAAAUCGAUAGCAUACAGCAUUGAAAUUUUUUUUUUGGGUCCGUGUCAAAGUGAAUCGCAUAUCGGGUGGAAGAGAAGACAUUUUUUUCUCUCUCUUCUUCGGCCAAAGUUAAUUGAUUAGGUCGCCGAUUACUGUUUCAUUUUGACAGUCAUCGUCAUCAUCAAACAAAACGAAAGAAGAAGAAAAAAAAUAUCACACACAAAAAGGCGAUUUUUCGUUGGUCUGUCAAUAUUUGGUAUCAGUUUUUGGUUUCGGAAUUUAUUAUUCCUUUUGGACUGAAUUUCGGUCGACAAUUUUUUUUUAUCGCAUUUAUUUCAUUGCAACAAUUGAUAUUGAAUGUUCUUUUUGCCGUUCCAAAUGGAUGAGACAGUGGCAACCGAUCAAUAAGAAUUUCCAAACUAAUUUGAUUGUUGCAAUACAGACAGAAGAGACAAAGAGAGAGAGAGAGAGUGAAGGAAAAGGAGUGAGGCAACCAAUUCGGCUGGCUGAAGUGGAACCGAACCAACAAUGAUCGGCGGUUUAUUCGUGUACAAUCACAAAGGUGAAGUGCUCAUUUCACGCGUUUACCGUGAUGACAUUGGCCGAAAUGCAGUCGACGCAUUCCGAGUCAAUGUGAUUCAUGCUCGGCAACAAGUGCGAUCACCCGUUACGAACAUCGCACGCACCAGCUUCUUUCAUAUCAAACGAGCCAAUAUUUGGUUAGCGGCCGUCACCAAGCAAAAUGUCAAUGCAGCUAUGGUGUUUGAGUUUCUACUGAAGAUUAUCGAUGUGAUGCAUUCGUAUUUCGGGAAAAUAUCCGAGGAGAAUAUCAAAAAUAAUUUUGUGCUCAUCUAUGAACUGUUGGACGAAAUUUUGGACUUUGGCUACCCGCAGAACACUGACACCGGCGUACUGAAAACGUUCAUCACUCAGCAGGGCAUUAAAUCGGCAACGAAAGAAGAGCAAGCCCAGAUUACAUCUCAAGUAACAGGGCAAAUUGGUUGGCGUCGCGAAGGUAUCAAAUACCGCCGAAAUGAAUUAUUUUUGGACGUACUCGAAUACGUUAAUCUAUUGAUGAGCCCACAAGGUCAAGUAUUGUCGGCUCACGUUGCUGGAAGAGUUGUUAUGAAGUCUUAUUUAUCAGGUAUGCCUGAGUGUAAAUUCGGCAUCAACGAUAAAAUUGUGAUGGAAGCCAAGGGCCGUGGCGGCAUAUCGGGCAACUCAGAAGCGGAAACAUCGCGUUCGGGCAAACCAGUUGUUGUGAUUGAUGAUUGCCAAUUUCAUCAGUGCGUGAAAUUGAGCAAAUUUGAAACGGAACAUUCCAUCAGCUUCAUACCACCGGACGGUGAAUUCGAGCUAAUGCGCUAUCGCACCACCAAGGAUAUAUCAUUACCAUUCCGUGUAAUACCGCUGGUGCGAGAGGUGGGACGUACAAAAAUGGAAGUUAAGGUGGUGCUCAAAUCAAACUUCAAGCCAUCGUUGUUGGGCCAAAAAAUUGAGGUGAAAAUUCCAACUCCGUUGAAUACAUCUGGUGUGCAAUUGAUUUGCCUAAAGGGUAAAGCAAAAUACAAGGCGUCGGAAAAUGCAAUCGUUUGGAAGAUCAAGCGAAUGGCUGGUAUGAAAGAGACUCAGUUGUCGGCUGAAAUCGAAUUGUUGGAAACAGACACGAAAAAGAAAUGGACCAGACCUCCAAUUUCAAUGAAUUUCGAAGUACCGUUUGCCCCAUCUGGUUUCAAGGUUCGUUACUUGAAAGUGUUCGAGCCAAAGAUCAACUAUUCGGAUCACGAUGUUAUCAAGUGGGUGCGUUACAUUGGUCGCAGCGGUUUGUAUGAGACGAGAUGUUAAGCGCGGGGCCAUUUGGACGCAAUAAAAUUUAAAACUGAGCAAAAACAAGUAAAAUCGAUCGAAAGAGCACAACAUGAUCUACCAUCGAAUGCAAUUGUCCGAAGCAUUGCACACAGUAGAACCAGAAUACCAUUCAGCACCAGCUCAUAAAAUAACAGCAAAAAAGAGAGAAAAAAAACAGCAACUUUAACAACAAAAAAUAAAUAUAUUAAUUUUCUUCCCAGCUCUCUUUCUUUUGAGUAUUUUCACCAUCAGCAACAACAGCAACAGGAAAGAAAGAAACUAAAAACAAGAGAGUAAAUUGUUUAUCAAAAUAAAAUUGGUUUAAGUAAAUAGCUCGAAUGUAAAAUUAUGUAAUAACUGUAUCAAAAUGAACAAAAAAAAAAACAAACUCAACAAAUUAAGCUCGAUUUGAUGAUACAACAAGAAAGAAAUGAUAUUAGAAAAAUCAAUGGCCAUUCGGUGCAAAAAAAGAAGAAAAAAAACAGUAAAAAGAAAUCAGACUCAAUACGAAUUGUUACAGUUGUUCGAAUUUCACUUUGAGUUGAGAAUCUCUUCAUUUUAAGAAGCAAAAAAAAAAAUCAUUUCUGCGUUUUUAACAUAAGCAAAAAAAUUCAUUUCCGCCGCAGAAAAAUCGCUGCAUUUGAAAAUAAAAACUGCGACCAGAGCGUUAAACUACACAAGUUAUAAAAUGCAAUAUUAUAUAUACUUUGAACAACUCAAAUCGGCAAAUCAUCCAUAAAUUCCGCGAAUAGAGAUUUAAAAGCAAACAAACCCAAUUCGCAUCGUAACUAAUCAGUCUAUUUAUGAUAAAUUGUAUUGGAAUUUCGCAGAAAUACCAACAACAAGCAAAUUUCGAGCAUAUAGAACCAAACCACAUGCGAAAACACACACACAUCAUAUUUGUGAAGGGUCAAACCAACCGAGAAAUACCUUUUAAAGAGAGAAAAAAAGAAAAAAAAAUCUAUAUUAAAUUAUCCAUAAUUGUAUCAAACAAAAAACACAAACAAAAUAUCUAUCUAUUAUAUUGAGAGGCAAGAAUGUGUCCCAUGUAAUAUUGUAUUAAUUAUAUUGUGUUGAUUUUAGUUCAAAUAAAGAAGUUUCAAGUGAAAAAAAAAAA